UUAGUCGGGACAUCGAUGAAACGUUAUGUGGAAGGACGCGGUAAUGCUGGUUGUAUGCAUCACCACCGGAUUGACUUUGACAAAUACCAUCCUGGAUAUUUUGGAAAGCUUGGUAUGGUCAGAUAUCAUAAAAAAAACUCUAAAUGGCAGCCAGCCAUCAACAUUGAUAAAUUAUGGACACUUGUAAGUGAACUAACAAGACAGAAGUACAAAGAUGACCCUAAUGGAAAGGCCCCAGUUAUAAAACUUAUUAAUGCUGGAUACUACAAACUUUUAGGAAAAGGAAGGUUGCCCGCUCAACCAGUCAUAGUGAAGGCUAGAUUCUUCUCUAAAAGGGCAGAAGAUAAGAUCAACGCUGUAGGAGGAGCUUGUAUUCCCCAAGUAGGCAUGGUUUUCAACGAUGCCUUUGUUGUUCCUAGAAGCAAAUUCGUUACAUAUGCUACUUACCACUUCGGACAAUUCCGCUGGGCUUAG